GGGGUGGGGGGUAAACCUGCAGGACAGUGUCCAUCGAGUGGGAAAGCAGUAAACCCUCCCAGCAUCACCUUGCGCUGGACCCUCAGUUUCACUUUGAUGGUAAUUAGCUGGGAUUCCAGCCCCCAUUGAAAUCGGCUGUGCAUGGUGUUCUUUGUAAGAACACGGCGUCUUCCUCAUGUGGUCUCAUUAACAGACCUGGCACCUGUUACUGGGGCUGGUUUGUUGUGGAUGGCUGCCAGAUUGCAGGUUCAGAAGGUGUAAUCUCUGUUCAAAGGACAGCUUGUGGACUGCUUUGUUUAGUUUCGGUCUGUCCGUGGAACCGGCAGCGGUUAUCAAUUCCUCCAUUUGACUAUGGAAAAAUCAUUACCUUGCUGUAUAAUCCAAUUACGCUUCAACUUCAGCUCACAGACAGAUGCCUGGACGUUCUCCUUAAGAAAUUUCAGGUUUGGGGAUCAUCCAGGGAUUUUGCAAAUGUACGACGAGCAUUGAUGUUACUCUUGCAGGGCUUCUCAGUGACGAGGGCCUGUGGAUAAUGAGAUAGAUCCAAAAUGGCUGGCUCUCCAGGCAAUGAGCUACCUCUCCUGCAGCUUCAGGAGGUGGACUCCAGCAAGGUUGGGGAAAGCGGGGGCUCCUCGGGGUUGCUGCCCACCAUGUAUAACGGUGCCCUGCCCGCCCUGAGCAUGGAAAGCCAUGCCGUCUGCAUCCCGUCCCCCUACACGGACAGCAGCCACGACUACGCCGCCCUGACCUUCUACAGCCCCCCCAUCCUGAGCCACGGCGGCCCUGCCAACCCCGAGAGCCCCGCCGCGCGCCAGUCCCUCAGCCCCUCCCUCUUCUGGCCGGCCCACGGCCACCACGGCCACGUGUCCCCGCUGGCCCUGCACUUCCAGCAGCCCCUGGUGUACAGAGAGCCCACCCACUCCCCGUGGGCGGAGCCCAAACCGCUGGAGCACGGCCAGGCCCAGACCAGCAAGCUGGCGGGGAAGAGGAUGGCGGUGAGCGAGGAGGGGACGAGCUCCGUCGGGGGCUGCUUCGCGGGGAAGGGAGACAUGCACUUCUGUGCCGUGUGCCAUGACUACGCCUCGGGGUAUCACUACGGGGUGUGGUCCUGCGAGGGCUGCAAGGCCUUCUUCAAGAGGAGCAUCCAAGGGCACAAUGACUACAUCUGCCCCGCCACCAACCAGUGCACCAUCGACAAGAACCGGCGCAAGAGCUGCCAGGCCUGCCGACUCCGCAAGUGCUAUGAAGUGGGCAUGAUGAAGUGUGGUGUGAGACGGGAGCGUUGUACCUACCGGGGGGCGCGACACCGCCGCAUGCCCCACAUCCGCGAGUUGGCGGGCACAGGGGGCGGGGCCAGGACCCAGAGGCGGGCCGAGGGAGUCGUCCCUCAGACGCGGGAGGCGCAGUCCUCGGCGCUCACGCCCGAGCAGCUAAUCAACCGCAUCAUCGAGGCGGAGCCGCCGGAGAUCUACCUCAUGAAGGAGCUGAAGAAGCCCUUCACCGAGGACAGCAUGAUGAUGUCACUCACCAACCUGGCCGACAAGGAGCUCGUCCUCAUGAUCAGCUGGGCCAAAAAGAUCCCUGGGUUUGUGGAGCUGGACCUGUCUGACCAAGUACACCUGCUGGAGUGCUGUUGGCUGGAGGUGCUGAUGCUGGGCCUGAUGUGGAGGUCUGUGGAUCACCCUGGGAAACUCAUCUUUUCCCCAGACCUCAAGCUCAACAGGGAUGAGGGAAGUUGUGUGGAGGGGAUCCUGGAAAUCUUCGACAUGGUGCUGGCGGCAACCUCCAGGUUUCGGGAGCUGAAGCUACAGAGGGAGGAGUAUGUGUGCCUCAAAGCCAUUAUCCUUCUCAACCCCAACCUGUGCACAACGUCUAGCGAGACCCGCGAGGAGCUGGAGAGCCGCAGCAAGCUGCUGCACAUGCUGGACUCCGUGACCGACGCGCUGGUGUGGACCAUCGCCAAGAAGGGCCUGACCUUUCAGCAGCAGUCUGCUCGGCUGGCCCACCUGCUGAUGCUGCUGGCGCACAUCCGCCACCUCAGUAAUAAGGGCAUGGAGCACCUGUCCAACAUGAAGAGGAAGAACGUGGUGCCGCUCUACGACCUGCUGCUGGAGAUGCUGGACGCCAACACCAUGCACAGCAGCCGCAUGUCGGCGUCGUACUCCUCCCAGCCGAGCCCGUGGUCCCAGGCCGCGCAGAGCCAGCCUGGCCCGCCGCCAUCCUGCAGCGGGGAGUGCCCUUGUCCACCCAAGGAAAGCAGUGAGUAACGCCUUUACAUCCUGCCUGGCCCGGCAUGCUCUCCCCCCCCCCCGGGCUUCUUGGACUCUUGAGUCUGCUGGGAUCUCGAUGGUGGACUCACGCAGAACUGUACCCGAGGCCAGAAAACUAUUUUCUUCAGCAUUUUUACACUGCUUAUUCCGUUUCUAUUUUUUGCUUUUUAUUGCAUUUCAACAACAACAAAAAAAGUUGGCAUGUCAUAUUUUCAUUUUUUGGUGAGACGCCCCUCCUCCCCAAAGAAACCUGGAAAUGAGAAAUUUUUAAACUGCUUGAUAGCCACUCUCUGCUCAUAAAAGGCUCACAAGAACCUGACUCCUACCUGGCUAGGACUGCAUAAGCUAAGGUGCUAGACCAAGUACUUAGCAGAGAUGUGAGAAUGAUUAAAACAGGUAAACUGAGGCUAAACCCAUAAUGUAUGUACUAGGCUACUGGAUUCCCCAAGAGCACUUAAAAGCUGUGAAUCAUCUGUUGUACAGUACCAGAGCGUAGUAUAAUGUAUUGCUAUAGUACAGUGUACUAUGGUCAGAAAAAUCAAAAUAGUCCAAAAUAUUUAUUUUGAUAAAUUCCCCACCAAUUUAUGCAUCACAUAAAGCAUAUGGCCAACUUGGGUGCCAAAUCUGUGUCUCCAGGUGUGCAUAGUGAGGAGCCAUUAUGAGCAGUAGUCACCUGAUGUUCUUUGCUGUUGACAUGUAUGUCUGCUGACCCCUUUGGGUUCAGAGAUAGAGAGAGAGAGAGAGAUUAAAUAAAGACUUAUACUUAACUUUUUGGGAGUUUUUUUUCAGUACAGUUAGCUGCCUAAGGCCAUGAAUCUGUCCCUUUGUGGGCCUAGAUGGCUGUGUGGAGUUCUCUUACCAGUUCUUUCACAAGGUAUCUAGCUAGGCCAUUUAUAUUAUUUUAUGUUUGCUACAUUUUAAAAAUUUAAGUUUGCUUUACUUGCCAUCUAACUCUCUUGAUGGUUAGCGGUUUGAUUCCAAUUUGAUUACAAUUUGCUAACUAGCCAAAUAAGGUUAAAACUGGAUGUGCUGCUUAGCCUGCUUAUGCCAGGGAACAUUGGUUAACAUGAAGUUAACUAAUAACUUGCAAAUGUUUGAUCAUAAUUGUUUAGACUUGUAUUCUGUUGCAAUUAAUCACACUUACAUUAUGUAUGAUAGAAAGAUGGUUGUGUGUUGAAAAUGAUUGUUUGGUUUACGUGCGCUAAAAUUCAGUCAGACAAGGCAGCCUGAUACUGUAGCGUAAUGCAAACACAAUUAUUGUCCAUAAAUUAGUAUUUUUAUUAUGCUCUGUAUUACCAUUCAUAAAUGUAUGUGAAUUGACUAUUCUUCACUCUAGGAGCUCGUGACAUUCUGUCGAAUUGAUUGUCAGUUUUUGUGGUGAAACCAACAUAUGUGAGAUAUACAUUUUGACAGUGAAGGCGUUUAGCUGACAUUCUUAUCCAGAGUGACUUGCCCAACUUGCAUUGUAUUUAUGCAGCUGGGUAUUUUUACUGAAGCAUUUCAGGGUUGGUACCUUACUGGAAGGUACAACGACAGUGCCCCCACCUGGGAAUAAAGGCUACAACCUUGGAUUUGCAAGCCGUUGACCAAUAGUUGCAAGCCCAGUUCCUUAACCGGAACGGCUUCCUCAAAGGCCAGCCUGGGAUGGGGCUACAAUGUAGGCAGACUCUACAGAAUAUAACUUUGCAUUAUGGGAUUUGUAUGAGGAUUGUAUUCCUUUUAAAUUGGACCAAAGGCCCAUUUCAAGUGUGGAUAUCUGGGGAUAUCAGCAACGAGGGGGAUAAGAUUCGGUUUAAAUUUGUGUUGUAAUAUUCCUUUAAAUGUUCCACAAUAUGAAGUAGUGCUCUGUGACAGUGCGUUUCAUUGAAACUGUUAAGUGACUGGUGCUGUGUUUGGUCAUGGAGAAGACAGUGUAAAGUCUGGGUUCCACACUGGGACCACAAGCUGAAGGGACUAAUGGCGCAGUCCAGAAGGCCGGCCUAAUGCCUGAGACUGCCAUGCAGCUUCGCUCUGUGAACCCCCUUGGAAGGUUUGAUGGGCUUUGUGCCUGAAUUGCUCGUACUAAAUUACCGUUCAAAUGAAGUAACAUUUUUUCCUGUUUUUGUAAGUUUUUUCUGUGAACCCUGGUAACAUCAUGCUGGAAACUCUUCAAAACUGUUUUUUGUCUAUGAAGGGGAUAAUUUGUAUCCGUAAAUAUAUAACUGGUAAUCACAUUGUUUUUAAUUCAUUGUUUUUUCCUGUGAUUUCUUGUAAAUAGACAUUGCUUGGUAAUGCAAUAGUUCUCAGUAAAUCUUUAAAACUGUUUCAGUCAAUUUUAAAAAAGAACACGUUUGAAUAAAUUUUCUUUGAUUUUUUUUUGUUGUUUCCCCCACCCUCUGACCAUUGUGUGAUUUUCCUUUUUUUGCACUAAAAUUGUCCUCCAAGAAGCAGCUUAUUCAGUAAAUGGUGCACUUUAAAUUUAAA